UAUGUUAUCAAUUUAUGCAACAUGUUUAAGUAGAUUUUCUUCUCUUGAUAAUUUGAAGGGGGCAGCACCUCAGCGCCCCACAUUAACCAGCUGCCACUGCUAUUUCUGCCACCACUGAUCAGUAGAGCCCAGGGAAGGAAUGCCAGUCCCAAAGUAAAGAGUUUUAUGAGGUGCCUUUUAGUGAUUCUGUGUUUCCCUGUGCUCUGUCUAUACUAGAUACUGAGGUCAGAGGUCGAGUCGAUAAGCAUAACUUACUCCUCUGCAAGCGUGUGGCUCCUGCGCCAGUUCUGCAGCCUUCACCUCUAACGUCUCGUGACAACUCCGGAGCCUCCUCCCCCUCUCCUAGGCAGAAUGGACCGUUCCGUAAAGGAGCUCUUCCUGAACUUCGGGAUAGUGUUAAUCACAGUGCUGCUCAUGUGGCUGCUGGUGAAGUCGUACCAAGAUUGAGCCAUGAGGGGGUGGGAUCCAGACUGUGAUAUGGAGCAGACAGAGGGAGAUGUCCAAGGCGAAGGCUGAGGCCUGGAUUUAUCCUUCAGACAAAUUGCUCUCAAUCGAUAUAUGUUUUCUGAAGCACAAGUUCAGUUUUAUAUCUGAGACUUCAGACUGCUCUUAAACACUAGCGCCUAGAGUAAGCAUUUUCAAAUAUGAUGUCCUAGGACUCAAACCAGUGUAUAGAGUGUAAUGUGCUGUUUUGUAUCGUCUAAUUUCAGACAUUUAUGUAGAUCUCUUACUCUUUCUUGUCUGUAUUCUCUUAUGGCCUAUUCUUACAGCUCCUGCUGUAUUCUGUCAUGGUCUGUUCAUAUUGUCAAACAACCACAUCUGGUGAGACUGGAGUGAUUGUAGUCUAUCAGUGUCUAGGGGCAAACUAUUUGAAUUACUAUUAAAUGACUGUGAUCUUAGUGUCUGUCUCUGAUUUUACUGAAUUAUACACAUAACAAUGUAACUGUAUUACUGUACAUUAUCGCAUUAAGUCUUUCAAAUAAGGUUGGUGGAAAGUAUGCCCUACAUAGACAGUGUAAAACACAGCAAGUAUACAGUUAAUGUAUUUAAAAACUAUAGCUUAAACUCUCAUUGUUCAAUAUUUAAUACAAUAGAUGUUAAGACCCCUGACAAAUUUGACUUCCCAUCUAUGACCCAUCCCUCACAUGGUGCG